GGUCUCCAAAACCAUCUCGUGUCGGUGACUCCAUUCGGCAAGUGAAGUGGACGAGGCCAGAGAAUGGAGAGGGCAAUUCAGAGCAAUUCCAAAGGGACGGUGGUGGGGCCCGACGAAAUCUCUGGAGCGUUCGCCGGUUCCUUCCGUGCCCGAGGCCCUGUCGUGCAUUUGAAGACUCGGCUCGACAGCAUGAAAUGAAGCUCGAUCUGUCGGCUCACAGUGGUUACAGUUUGCAGUGUGCGUCCCGUGAGCAGCAGAGGUGAGCAGGUAGAGGAGUUGAAGAAGGAUCUGGUUCUCGUCCUUAGAAGUUGGUGUACAUAAAGCUCGUCGAUUUGUAGUGUAGUCGUAGUGUAGGUGGCGCAAAGUCUGUGCCUGUGCAGGAGAAGCUCUUAAUUGAGCCGAGUGUGAAGAUCGCGUGUUGAAGAAGUGGUUGAGGUUGGAAAGACCUUGUGGGUACUCCUUUGGGGUUAGUAUUAGAUAUUUUCGUUGUUAGAGGAGGCAUCGGUGGUGAUGGCGGAUCCGAAGGAUGAUUUUCACUUCACUGUGUCCUACCGGAGUAAGAGCUUUCAGCUCACGUUUCCGGCAGGCUCCACCGUUCAGCAGCUUGGAAUGAAGCUUGUGGAGCUUACUGGAGUGGCUCCGCAUACUCUGAAACUCAUGUUGCCGAAACGACCCGUUCUGCAGCCCAUGUCGGCUCAGCACAAGUCCAUCCUUCUCCAUCAAUCCGGCAUUACCGAGGGAUUGAUGGUCAGGAUGAUGGGGUCUUCCACAGCUGAAGUUGCAUCAGUGUCGCAUGACUCUGGAAAGGACAGAGUGAGAGGUUUUGAUCAGGAAGAAGAGCUGGCGAGACAGCGUUCAUCUUAUGAUUCCAGCUCCAACCCUUUGCCUAAAGGCAAUUACAUAUUCUGUGAAUUUCGUACUCUAACACUGCCCGGCAUUGAGCUGACGCCUCCACCAUCAAUGGCGCUGAAAAUCAUGCACACACUUGCCAGUGACCGCGGAAUCACGGCUAUCAUGAACAAGUAUCGCUGGCGAGUGGGAGUGAUGACUGAGAUGGCUCCAGUCGGCUACGUCGGUGUCAGUCCGAAGUGUAUUUUGGGUUUUAACAAGAAUCGCGGGCAAGAAAUUUCAUUGCGGCUCAGGACAGAUGAUUUGAAAGGAUUUCGAAAGUACGAAUCUAUCAAGAAGACCCUGCUUCAUGAACUGGCACAUAUGGUUCACGACGAACACGAUGAGAAAUUUCUUGCACUUGACUCGAAGCUAAACCGAGAAGCUAUUACGCUGGACUGGACGAAGUCACGAGGUCAGACCUGGAGUGGAGUAAAGUUCGAAGAAGAGGAUGCAGUAGAUGGAGGUGGUGUACAUAAAACCGGAGGUCGCAGACUUGGAGGAAGUGUGGAGCAGGCUCGCUACAUGGAUCCAAGAGCAGCGGCCGCUGCUGCAGCUUUACGCAGAUUUGCUGACAACGUUACUACUGGUACUGCGGUGGGCGGAAGCAGCCGUCUAACAAGUUCGAAAGAGCCACUUGUGUCUGAAGUGCAGCCAGUCAGACAUGAACCAGAUCCUGAUGAUAUGGAUGGCGAAUUAGUGGUAGUUAUCGGUGAGGGAAGUUUGGCGAAACGAGAGCCAGUCCCCGAUCUUAUGGAGAUUAUACCCGAACACCCAGCGAGAACUGAACCUGAACCUGAUGAUGAUACAGAUAUUCCCCGAAACAGUGCAAAGCCCGACCCAGAUGAUGAGGUCGAGAUGGUGCCAAGAGGUGACGAACCUGAUCCAGAUGACGAUGAUGAGAUGGCUGCCAAGGGAGGUGAACCACAUGCUCUCCACCAAGACGGAAAGGUCGCAAGGUCUGCCGAGCCAGACCCAGAUGGCGAUGAUGAAUUGAUGUCUGAAGGGGCUGAGCCAGAUCCCGAUGACAGGGUGGAAAAGUUGAUGGGUGCUGCGGAGCCAGAUCCAGAUUACCACGUAGAAAAACUUUCGAGACCUAAUGAGCCUGAUGGAGAUCGAAAGGAGAAGUUGGUGAGGUCUGCUGAACCAGAUCCAGAUGACCGUAGUGAGAGGCUAGCAAAAGAGGAUGAACCUGACCCAGACGACGAUGAUGAGAUGAUGACCAAGGGAGCUGAGCCUGACCCCGAUGACCAUGAGGAGAAACUGGUGAGGGCUGCUGAACCAGAUCCAGACGAUCAAAUUGAAAACUCACCACGUCGUGCCAAGCCAGUUCCUAACGAGUCAGAUCGGACCUCUUGUAAGCGUGCAGCAGGCGAAGCUUGUUCGCCUAGUGUAAAUAGGGACUAUAAACAGUCAUGCUCUUUCUAGCAGCUUUCCUCUAUGUAACCAUAGUAGUGCCCGAUGUAGUAUAAAUCGGAGUUCCGCUUGAACUUGUAUAUACCAAGUUUAGUUUUUCUUUAUCAAGAGAAGUGUCCUAUUCCACUCUGUUUACAGCGGCCUGAUUUUUUGAUCGGUGUGGAGCUAGCAAUGCUUUUAUUUUGAUAUUUUUAAGUCUUUCAAGCCUCAGGUUGACGAUGAGAAGUUGACUAUGGAGUCAAAAUCUUCAGUUAGCACUCCCCACAUUGGAGAUGAUGUCAACUCGUAAUUCAUUUAGAGUGCUAAGAACACUCAACUUCUUGGCAAUCCAGCACUCAAGCUGGAUUGUCAAGAAGGUUUAUGGAGGCAUUGAUUCAUGCAUUCUCCACCUGUGUUCUUUACAGCCAGACUAGUAAUACAUGUAAAGUUCUUAGCACAAAUUCCAGCAUGAUGUCAACAUCUUUUAGACCAGUAAUAUACACAAAGUCC